GUCAGUCAGUUGUAACUCUGAAGAGACACAGGAAAUUCUGGUUUCUGGAGGAAAAAGGUCUGAGAAGUUGGAACGACGACGUAUCGAAGCUCCCUCAACCCCUAAUUAUCUGUCAAUGGUGGUGGGGCGAAUGAUUUUUAUGAUAUUUUCCAUGAUUUGCUGAACUGCCAUGGCUACUCUGUGGACUCUGCAACAGCUUCAUUACUCCCCUUCCUUUGCCCGUAAAGAUUCUGCAAAGCAAUUGGGAUGCCGGAUUGUUGCUACUUUUUACUAUUCCGGAAAUUGUUGGAAGCGGACUUCUGCUUGUAAAACUCAUCGGAAGUUUGUGUUACGGGCAUACAGCCAUCCUCCUCCGGUGAAGAGCUCCGGUGACGGUGGUGGAGCUGAAUUUGAUAAUGACAACAAGAGCGUUGUUCCUGCUGUUCCGGAUGAAGCCAUUAUGGUCAAUUGUAAUAAUAAUGAGUAUCCCCAACAGAAGCCGAAGAGACCACACGAGGAUAUGCCUCAAAGUCUCGUCUUUAAACUACAGGCUACCGUUGCUUCUCUUCCUCCGGUCAUUUUCUCGGUAAUUUCUCACGCUCAGUGCGCUUUUCCAGUUCUUUGGUUCAUUGCAUUCACCAUUUUCUGCUUGGAACAAUUCAUUGAAUAUGUAUUCUACCCUGUGGAGUGUAAUUUGAGCUGACCCCUCCAUUCUUGUAAUAUGUCUUUUGAUGAAAUUGCAGUGGCUAGUCAGUAGUCAUAGUGGAUUCCACGUCAAGGUAUAGGGUUAGUUGUUGUUGGUCUUGCUGUUGGGAUACUGAUUUAAGCUUUGGAUAAAGGGUCCACUAGAUGAAGGCUUACCUGUUGUUUAUUUAUUUCCAACAAUUUAUUGUUAUGUUUUGCAUUUCGUUCCCAAUGUUGUCAUGCAUACUAUUGCAGUUCAAACUGUGUUGUUUGACUUACCAGCAAUGCUGUCCGUUGUCGUACUAUGGUAAUUAAUGUGUUGAUGAAGUACCUUGUAGAAGAGCAUGGAUAUUACCACCUUGCAACUCUUAGGAUUCUCUUGUCCACAUUGUGCUUAGAAUGUGUUAUUGAACUUCUGUUAUGUUACUGUUAUUUCUUCGUCACUGAGUGUAUGCAGUAAUUAAUCGCUUAAUUUGGUUUGGGAGAACGUAGAUGUGAUGUUUGGAAAUAUCCUUUCCAUGAAAUUUUGCUGCUACGGUUUAAGUCUUUUCCGUCUUUGUUGUCAGAUGAAAAGACACUUCAGUGCCAGUUUUACACUUGGGCUAUGUGCUGCAGCAACUCUGUUGCUGUUUGUGAUGAGGAGCUAUGCCAGCAGAAAGUCUAAUCACAGUCGUCCUGGCUCUGUGGCUGAUCUUGUUCGCCGUGGUCAGUUGAGAUCUGAUAGAAGAGGCAUAUCCACACCGCUCAAGUAUGAUGACCCUUUUAACAAUCCAAUGGUGAAGGUCGGUAAAAGUAACUCAACAGUUGAGAUGUGCGGCAGGGUAUAUAAAUUAGCGCCAGUGACCCUUACAAAAGAGCAACAAGCCAUCCAUCAGAAAAGGAGGUCACGAGCAUAUCAAUGGAAGAGGCCACAGGUGUUUCUUAAAGAAGGAGAUUCAAUACCGCCAGACGUGGACCCUGAUACAGUCCGGUGGAUUCCUGCAAACCAUCCUUUUGCAACAACUGCUAGUGACAUUGAUGAAGAUUUGGCACAAAACAAUGUAUAUCAGAAGCAUGGCGUUCCAUUCCGCAUUAAGGCAGAGCAUGAGGCACUACAGAAAAAGCUUGAAGCAUUGCAAAAUGAGCAAAAACUUGAUAAAUUAGUGAUAGAUGCUGGAGCCGCCAAAGAUUUUGAGAGACCAUUCAAGUCUCCUUUGAAGGCUGAAGAUCAGAUAGUAGACAAGGGUCCGUUGAAUGGCCAAAUGGGAUCAAAGCAGCCAAACUCAGAUCCUGUUCACAAGUCACACAGAUCAGCUUCUGAGGAGAUGCAGAAUCCUUGAGAUACAAUAAGGAUCACCAUUUUGCCUUUGACAAUACGCUUCAACCCGGUGAAAAAUCACCAACGCUUUUCAGGUUCAGACUUGUCUUUGUGCCUCUAGUUUGAAGCUUGGAUUUUGUAUACUUUUGAGUAAGCCCCUAAAAAGUUGACUUGAGAAGGGGAGAGCUGGAUUGUAAUUAUGUAAAUGAGAAUGCCAGUGACACUGGUUGGCUAGAUUUCGUUCUAUGAAGUAUUGCCCAUUUCUUUUUGCUGUAGCUUUGUAUUACAUCCAAGUUGUGACCUUUAGAGUAAAAAUUUUCCAGUUUGUAGCUAAUGUAAUUGAUUCUUAACUGACCCGGACGGCAGCAAGAUCCACAUAUCACUCGCAUUAUGGUGUAAAUGCUUUGUUUUCUGUUGCUGUUGCUGAG